UCCCGCGGCGUAGUAGUGUAGCAUCGUUUUGCGACGGGGAUCUGUCGCUCCCGUUCAUUCUUACGAGCACCACGUUUUUCCCGUAAAAAUGAAUGUGAUCGCAAAAUCGUCGACUCUCGCACCGUUUCUGCGGGCCACGGCAACGGUCGUCUCGAACGGCGGGGUGCCUGUGACUGCGACCGGUAAAACACACAAGCCGAAGGUUACGAUUCCGCCUACUGUGAAACGAACCCUCGGACAGACUCUCUAUCAAGAUCUUCUAAGCGGACCUACAUGCAUAAACUCAGGAGUCGCAGUCAGCACACAGGUGCAUCAGAGACGUUUGGCGCAUACGGACGUGCAAUGGCCAGAUUUCACCGACUAUCGCAAAGACGAGACCAAGGAUCCGAAAACAAGAUCGAGUGACAGCGCGGAACAACGAAAGACCACGUCCUAUCUUGUGUCCGCUGGUGCCGGUGUGGCGGGCGUCUAUGCCGCGAAGACGGUAGUAACAGACCUUGUUGGCAUGCUGAGUGCAACCGCUGAUGUACUCGCUAUGGCGAAAAUCGAGGUGAAACUUGACUCUAUUCCCGAGGGCAAGAGCGCUGUCUUCAAGUGGCGCGGAAAGCCUCUGUUUGUAAGACACAGAGAUCAAGCGGAAAUCGCGAGGGAGACCCAGGUGGACGUCGCGAGUCUUCGCGAUCCACAGGAGGACAGCGUUCGAACGAAAGACCCCAAGUGGCUGGUAGUUCUGGGCGUCUGCACGCACUUGGGAUGCGUACCUAUCGCGAAUGCGGGUGAUUUCGGCGGUUACUACUGUCCGUGCCACGGUUCCCAUUACGAUGCCAGUGGUCGAAUUAGGAAAGGGCCUGCUCCUCUGAACCUCGAGGUUCCACCUUACGAGUUCGUCGAGGACGGCAAAGUGCUUAUUGUUGGUUAAUGAUUAUUUCCAAUAAUUGUAGUGUGAAAUAAUAAAAAUAAUUUAUGAUAGAAUAUUUUCCGGUUCGAAACACACAAAAAGAAAAAAGAACUUAUUGUCGCGCGCGACAAUGCGGAAAAGAUUGGAAAAGAAUGUUUUGUAUGUUACUUUGUGAUGAUAUAUAAGCGCCGUGAUCUUUAAGCCUUCUCUUUGUGAAUUGUCGGUUUAAACUCGCUGUAUCGAAAACUUUAGAAUAAAUGUUAAGUGAAACCA